AUGAUGGAACAAAAAAAAAUCCACGAAAAGACAAAUAACGGGUACAAGACAAAGCACUCUGAGAAGUUAUUCGCAAAUCAUGGAAACAUGAAGAAUCAAAAUGUGAACGAAAAUAAGCAGCAAAAUGAUUUUACCACAGCGCAAGCAGCAUGGAUGGAAAAGAAGCAGAAGCUGUACAAAGACACAAAUAAUCAGCCCUUGUGGGAUUUUAGAAAAAUACAAAUCAACCCAACAGACACAGAUGAGUUGAUUAGUUUCCCAACAAAUGAAAUAUCCUCCAAAAAAUAUGGAACAUAUUCCUUCCUCUUUAAGAGCCUAUAUGAGCAAUUCUUACGAUUACCAAACAUUUGGUUUUUGAUCAUCUGCUUGCUAGAAUUUAUGCCCGCUUUUCAGAACCUGUCAAACUAUAUGUAUUAUACUAAGCAGUCAUCCAUUUAUUUGCUAGCCUUUUUUGUAUGCGUGUCUAUUGUAAAAAAUGUGUACGAAGAUUCUAGGAGGUCAAACAUAGACUCUCAGAUCAAUAACAGGCUGUGCCAUGUUGUUGACGGUUCUAAUAGUCAGCUAAAAGCAGUGAGGUGGAUGGAUCUAACAGUCGGUAGUAUCAUUCGUUUGAUAGAAAAUGAGCAAGUACCUGCAGAUAUUCUCCUGCUAAGUUGCAACAACAAUGAAGGGUUGGUCUACAUAGAGACGUCGCUAAUAAAUGGGGAAACAAACUUAAACAAAAAAUGUUGUGUUAAUGAAACGAGGAAUGAGACGUCUAUCUAUGGGAUCUGCAACAUAAAAGGAAGAAUCAUUUGUGAAAAGCCAAACAGCAAUAUGGAAUCAUUUAACGGGUCCCUAAAGUUAGACGCUCAUCCUCGUGCUACCUCCCUAUCAAUUAACAACGUUGUCUUUAAGGGCUCUUACAUAAAAAACACGGACUACAUUUUCGGAGUUAUAAUUUACACAGGAACGGAUACAAAAAUUAUGAAAAAUAUAUUAAAAAGUGUAUACAAAUCUGGAAAUGUAAACAGAGAAUUAAAUAUAUACACCAUUUUGACGAUUAUGUUUACUUUUAUUUGUGUGUUCAUAUCAGUGUUGUGCAAAUGGACAGAAGAUGAUAAGUUCAAAAAUGAAAAUCAUUUUUUGCUAAUUAGAGUAAAGGAUAAUUUGUUUGAAUCUAUCAUAAAGUACACGCUCCUCUAUUCCAACAUCAUUCCUAUUAGCAUCCUCAUAACGAUCGACCUAAUUUCUAUUCUGCAAACUGUACUUAUCGAAAAUGACAAUCGAAUAAGUACCUUCGAAAAUGAAUUAUCUGAACCUUCCAUCAUCGAUGAAAACGAUGAACAUGCUGAUUUGAGAAUUACAAAAUCGUGUAACUUCUUUAGAAAAUAUACCUUCUUUUUGAAUAAUUUUAGUAGAAGGAACUUUACCAAAAAUAGAUUUUCUUCCAUCAACACACAAUCGAAUUCGGAUAAGAGAAAAAGCUUUAUCAGUACGUUUGAUAAACUCAGGGCUUUUAAAAGUUACUUUAAUAACAAAAGCAGCUUGAUCAACUCCAAGUCGCACGUUAAGACUGCUUAUAAUAGGAGCUCCUUGGUCGAGAGUGACAGUGCGCACGGGAAAAAGGCAAACAGAAAGAAUCACUUCCUCGCAAGGGUGAAAAAUACCUUUUUGAGGAAAGAUAAACUCGUCAAUUUUGAGGCGAAUAUGGUGGCCAAGCACGGUGUGCCCUACCAUGGACACGGUCCCCUGCGCGGCAAAAUGGAUGUUCAGAUUAGCGGCCAGGUCGAAGGGGAGGCUAACUGCCAUGUCAGCAGCUACGCUGACAAUUUCCCUAGUGAGGACAAGCCAACCCAACUGAACACCGAUGGUGCGCCGAAGAGAGGGAGAAACCCGCUAUACGCCCUGCUCCCAUUUUUUCGAAGACGAAAGAAGGCAAACAAAACAAUUGACGAGGUCAAAAAAAUGGAUAAAAUGAAGACCGGCAGUAAGUACUACUUCCCCAGGGACUGUUCUACCCCCAAAGAAGAUGAAUACGGCUGGGGAAUCUGUCUCAAUUCUAACAUGCAUGGAGAUUUAGGAAACGUCGAUUUUAUAUUUACAGACAAAACGGGAACUUUGACAAACAAUGACAUGUCUUUCAACAUGUGUUCCAUUGGUGGUAGAACGUAUGGAGAAAGGCGACAGAAAGGGAAAAAGGGAAAAACGAGGAAAGGAAUUCCUUCCAAUUGUAGUCGAACAGGAUCCUCCCACAAUGAUGAUAAUGAUGUAAAGAAGAAUAGCAGUAGCAAACGCUUCUUUAAAAAGCGAUACUCGGAAGACGCACUGGUAAAAAAAAUUUCCUUCGCCACCAACAUCUGCAAUGAGUCAUCUGAUGAAUGUGAACAAGCUGCAGACGGGGCACUCAAAAAGGGGGAUCAUCUCCGUCAUCGCCAUGAAAAAUGGCGUGGGAACAACACAAGUGAGAAUCAAUCGGAUAAUGCACACGUGCACAAUGCUGAUAAUCCGAAGAAAGAAGAUAACAUAUUUCCAAACUAUAAAUCCAGUUCCUUUUGGAAUUACCAAUCGAAGAGUAUAGAUCGAAAAUUUUCUGGCAACUCUUUAAAUAAAUGUCCAUCCUUGCAAAAUUCUGCGACGUUAUCCUGUUCCAUAUCGCCAAUGUCUUCCUCCCGUUUUUCCGCCCCUUCAUCUUCACCCUGUUCAUCGUCUUGUACAUCUUCUUGCACAUCGUCAUACUCAUCAUCGUGUUUAUCAUCAUCUUCGUCUUAUGCUUCUUACCUCUCCUCUUGCGGCGUCCAUAACAACGUCAAUUCGUCCUUCUUGUGUUCCUCGUCCAACAACGAUCAUCACGAAUUGGCUAACGAUUUUGAUAGCAUCAGGAGUUACUCCGAAUUGGGGCAGGAAAAAAACAACCACACACAUCUGCAAGAUGACACUAAGGAUGGAGAUACAGGUAGAGGAAGAGAGAAGUGCUCCCAAGAAUGCCCCCAAGAAUGCCACCACGAAUGUCCACACGAAAGUGCUGACCUGUCCUACUUCUUUGACCGAAAUUAUCAAACUUAUUUAACGCAACAUAAAUUUUCGAGACCCCAAAGUUUUCGAAUGAAUAUGAACGCAGGAUCUGUUAAAGUGAGGUGUGAUUUUAAUGACAAAAGAAUUUACGAAGAUUUGAAUUCGAGCACAUGGAGAGGCUACUACAUUGAUGAGUUCUUCAAAUGUAUAACUCUAUGCCAUGCAGUUGUCCCUUUCAUCCAAUUCGAUUACAUCCGAAAUAAAAACUUAACUCAUUUCCCCUCACGGAGCUCCAAGGGAGUUUCCCAAUAUAUGGAAAAGUACAGCAAUCAUCCGAAGCAGCAGUCAAACGACAUGGCCAAGACGAAGAAUGAGCUGAAUUUACAAACGUCCAUAGGGUAUGACGGCGUGGAGAAGGAGGAAGAAGAAGAACAACAACGAGGGGUAAGUAAAUUUGGGGAUAGACAAACAAAAUGGAUCACCGAAAUCUCAGGCACUGCCAAAAAUGCGAAAAAGAAAAAUGAAACCAACCUGUACAAUUACAACACGUUGAAUAAUUUGAAACAGAAAGAUGAAAAAAAAAACAACAUAAAAUUUAGAUUCCUUUUUAAUAAAAAAUUUAGGAAAAAAAAAAGUUACACAUCUUUCACGAGCUCAGAGAUUUACAAAGGGACAGAAAAAAAACACACAAGCAGGUGGAACACUUAUUUGAGUAUGAAAAAGAAUAAGAAUUUGUUUUCGAAUGAGAAGAACAAUAAAAAGAGCGAAAGUGCGUACAUCUCCAAGAGAAUUAGCGCAGUUUCGUUUAAGCAAAUAUCGAAGGAGAAGUUGCUAUCCCUGAACAGCUACGCGAGUAAUCGCAAUAGUGAGGGUGGAGCAGCUGGAGUGGAAAGAAAAUACAGAGCCAAGUCGCGAAACUUGGAUGAAAAGAGCUUCGAAUUCGAUUCCUUCGUUAAUGAGAGGGGUUCCCGCAACAACAUCGCACAUAACAUACCAAAUAGCAGCGCGAAUGUUCCGCCCGCACUGUAUGAUGACGGGGGAACCUCCAAAAAGACGGAGGAGCGCAAUGCUAUACAGCACUCCGAUUUUGACCUAGACAAAUGCAGAGACCCCCGAAUGACGGAUAACUAUACCUCCGAGUCGAAUGCCUACUUGGAUGCCAUCAAGUAUCAGUCCAGCUCCCUCGAUGAGGAAUGCCUUAUUUACACCUCCAACUAUCUUGGAUACAGACUUAUACUGAGAAACCAAAACACCAUGUGCGUCGAAAUAGAUGGGAACCUGCACAAGUGGACCAUCAUCGGGAUUAAUGAAUUUACGAACAAGAGAGGACGAAUGUCUGUUGUCGUCAAGCCGGAGUUUAUGCAGUCCGGCUCCAUUCUCUAUGUGAAGGGAUCCGACACGUCUAUCCUGUCCCUGCUCAACUUGAAGUAUAGCAGAUUUUUGGAAUGGGGACGAAAACGAAGGAGAAGGAAGAGAAAGGCACACAAGGAGAGGCGGAGGGCCAGAACGAGUCCGACGAAGCUGCCCAGCAGUAAGGGAAGGCAUUCCAGGAAAAGGGACAAAUUGGACGAGAAUCAGGGGAAAGACUCCGUCAGUGGGAUUAACACGGACGGUGAAUGCCACCAGUGUGGAGAUCAUUCUGAAUGUCCCCAUCACGGAACAGAUGCACAUCUCGAUGCGGACUCCAGCGCGAGGAGCGAAUGUUGCAGAUUCGCGAAGCGGUACCGGCAGCUAGAAAAGCAGCUGCGUAAGUUCUCCGUCAAGGGGCUAAGAACCAUGGUGUUUGCCUUUAAAUAUCUAAACGAAGAAGAAACGAUGAAGUAUAAAAAAAUGUACGACGAUGCGUGCGUGUCGAUAUACAACAAAGAGGAGAGACUAGAAAAGGUAGCCGAAACAGUGGAGACAGAGUUAACCUAUUUAGGCAUCACCGGGAUUAAAGAUAGGCUACAAAAAAAGGUAUCCAAAACGAUAGAAAUCUUGGGACAAUCGGGGAUCCGAAUAUGGAUGCUAACAGGAGACAAUGUAGAGUACUCAUUACACAUUUCCUUUUUGUGUAAAUUUUUAAAUUCACACACGAAGAUUUUUCACGCCAUGUUGGAAAAUACGAAUUGUAAGAAAUUAAAACGAGAAGGAAAAGCGUUGUAUGAAUUGUUCCAAUUAGAGAAGGAAGAAAAAAAGAGUCAUGAAAAAUUGUGUCUACUAAUCAAUGGAAAAAAUUUACAAACCUUUUUAAACCAUAGUGAUUUACAAACCCAUUUUCUAAACAUGGCAUGCAGUUCUGAUGUAGUGAUAGCCUGUAGAAUAACCGCAAAACAGAAGGCAUUCAUUGUACAGUUGAUAAAGCAUAGACUAACUCCAACCCCGAACACAUUAGCCAUCGGAGAUGGAGCAAACGAUAUAGCGAUGUUGCAGGAAGCAAAUAUAGGAGUGAGUAUCAUGACCCCUGAGUGUAUAAUUUCUUCUGGCUAUUCAGAUUAUUGCAUACAGAAUUUCUGUUGUCUUCGCAAGUUACUAUUUAUAUAUGGGUCCAAGCAUUUAUACACUAUCAGCAUUAUCCUGUACUGGAAUUUUUUUAAAAACAUUGUCCUCAUAUUUCCCGUUUUUUUUUAUCAAGCAUAUGCAUCAUGGAGUUGUGUAAAGAUCUACCCAGAAUUGCUAUACACCUUUUUUAACAUCUUCUGGAUUUUCAUCCCUGUAAUUUAUUAUGCCUUCUUGCAGCACAAUUUGAAUUAUGACGUACUUUAUAACAUCCCUUUAUUUUAUGCCCUCAGUAGAAGGAAGUACAAUAUGAGUACGUUGAAAUUUUUCCCUUGGAUUGUGGAAGGCAUUUUUUACUCUGUUAUUGUUUUUUUUUUUGCGUACACAGCAGUUCGAGAGAAUUCUCACUUGAGUAAUGGGGAGGUAGUUACGAUUAGCACAUUUGGCAAUAUUUGUUUUCUUGGUUGUUUUUUAAUUUCGAUUGUUCGUCUUUUUCUGGAAGGAUCUCUAUGGUCGCCAUCCAUACUGAUCACCUGUUUUGGUUUCUUUCUUUUUGUCUUUUUCCCUUCUAUUCUGUUUAUAUUAUUUGCCUACAUUUCUAAUGACUACAUAAGGGAGGUCUUCAGGCAGACAUUCAUGUGGGCUCCUUUCUAUAUUCUACUAACUCUCUGGUUUACUACCUGUAUCAUCUGCUAUAUAUUUAUUAAUUUUGUAAAAGCUGUGAUGUUCCCAAAUAUCUACAGCGUUGUCAACCAUUGGCUCUUCGAGCAAUACCAGGAGAAGCACAGUAAGUAUAAGUAUGUCUACUUCCUAUCGGGGAAAAAAAAAUUCAUAAAUUUAAAAAAAAUCGGAAGAAAAUUUAAGAACAGAUUUAGCAAAACGGUCCACAAGACAUACAAGUUUAAGCCCACCAUGAAGCAGUUAAAUAAGGAACAGGAUUACACAACGAACAAUAAAAAAUUCCUAGCCAAACAGCGUAACCUCCAGAGCUCCUACGCUUCUACCUCCAAAGGGUUCAACAAAGAAGGAAAUUCAAAAUUUGCCAAAGGAGUCUUUGAUGAAGAGGAUGUUUGCCUCGGCUGCAAUGAUGAUACCCAAUUCGAUGAGGAGAAAAUUUAUGGCAGCGCCAGAGUCACCUUGUGCCAGCAGGCUGUUCACGGGAUGGAGAAUUUAAGUCACUCAGAGGGGGAAAGUGAGAAAUGGGACACACAAGGAGACACCACAAAGAAGAAGAAGCCAGGUGGGCAUAAAAAGACGAGAUGGGGAAAUCCAAACGGCGGAAAUGACAACGAGGGACGGCAGGAAAGAAAAACGGGGAAAACAGCAGAGCAGAGAGAUAAAUCCCGUUUGGAGAACAAACACAGAAAGGAACAUCGAAAAGGUGAUGAUCUGCCUAAAAAUGGCGCGGAAAAAAAUAGGGACAUCGCACCGUCCAACAAGGAAGUAGCGAUGAAAGCGCGAAAGGGCAAAGUCGCAGCAGAUGAGGAGAUGGAACUGCCACCAUUGAAGAAGGAAGAAGCCAAUCGUGUGACUGCCGGCAGGGGAAAGAACGGGGCAGCAAAUGGCAAGGCGGCGAAUGGAGAGACAGCGAAUGGCAAGACGGCAAAUGGCAAGGCGGCAAAUGGCGAGACAGCAAAUGACGAAGCACCAAAUGACGAAGCACCAAAUGACGAAGCACCAAAUGACGAAGCAGCAUAUGGCGAAGCAGCAUAUGGCGAAGUGCCCUAUGGCGAGGGUGACCGAGCAAACCUCAUCGACUCGGCGUAUUCGUCGGAGGCCGAGUCGUCCACUCCCAGAAUUGAUGAAUCCUUGAUGCUUGAAAUGAAAAAUUGCUUGAACCCGUUAAAGAACACCUUUCUAGUGGAUUUGCUACCCCAAGGAAAGCGCUUCCGAAUUAAUGAGGAACACAUAUUUUUUAAGAACAACGAAAAGAUGGAACACAUUCCAGAACCGCUAGAUGUGAACAAAAGGAACUAUCACAUUAUACAAAAUAAGGCUGAGUUCUACGACAACGAAUCCACGUCCGAGUUCUCCUACACAAGUACUGACAGUCUGAAUGAAAACAAUGGAAAAAAGAAGAAGAAAAAGCAAAACGCACAAAAAGAAAUUGUAAAAGUUAGCAACCUCAUUAACAGAUUUACAUUAGCAUUUAAGGACAUGCAACUGGAAUCAGGGUUUCAAAUUCAUAAGAAGAAUAAAUUUUACAAAAUUUUCACCCCUUGGUACAGAUUUAUUUUUAUCCUCCUAGGAGUCUUUUUUCUGUACAUCUGGAAGUUAGAGUCAUCCCUGAGUAAGUACUGGAACAUAUCAUCAAACGCUUCCACCGAUUUGUUUAUUCUUAUCCUGUCCUUACUACUAGAAUUAGUCCUCCUGGCAGCAACUGUUACGACUUUUUUCCAAAAUAUAUUCAUAGAAAAUUUUAACAAAAUUAUCAGUGCUGUGGUGAUACUGAUAAUAACUCAUCAUGUAGUUACUUACUCCAUUACGCAUAUCGAUGGAGUUUUCCAAGCGGUUCUUUUCCCUCUCUACACAUUUGUCAUUUUGAGAUUGCCUUUUGUUAAUGCAGUGUUGUGUAACAUCAUUUUUUUAAGUCUAUUCAUAAUUAGAUUUAAAGGGGAUCAUUUCUUAGACAAAAAAGGAUUAGCACAUUACAUUCCUUUAUUUAUCGGAGUCGAUGUAUUUGUAGGUUUUGUCGGUUACCGCUUGGAAUAUAAUCAAAGAAAAAAUUUCCUCCUAGAAUAUUCAGUGGAGUCAUCCAGACGAAAACAAAGAGAAAUAUUAAACACCAUGCUUCCUCCUUUUGUUGUUGAUGAGAUGAUUUACUCCGAACUGAAUGAAGAAGGCAUUCCUAUUUCGUUAAAAGCAGAAGAUAUAGAAACCGUUACCAUAAUUUUUUGUGACAUUUAUGACUUUCAAAAUAUUGUUGCUAGUAUUGAACCUACGAGGCUGGUCGAAGUUCUGGAUAGACUAUUCCUCUGCUUCGAUAAAUGCACAGAGCAGUUUAACUGCACCAAAAUUGAAACCGUCUUCGAGACUUACCUUGCUGCAUGCGGGUUGGUAAAGAAGGAGGGAAGUGAGUCCAACGAAAAUAAGGGUCAACGGGAUGCCCACGACUCCAUCGACUUUGCAUUGUCCAUUCUUCAGGUUAGCAGCCACAUCAAGUACGAGAGGACGAAGCAUAUGUUCAAAGGGGGAGACUCGUUCGGCAGUGGGCCGGAGGGCAGCGAGGAGGGGGCCGCGAACAAAAACGCGCUCGCCACGGAUACCGCGACAGCAGCCGCGACAGCAACCGCUACAGCAGCUGCAACUACAACCGCCCCUAACACUGACACCGCUAACACCGACACCGCCAACGCGGGCACCGCCGCGGAGAGAAGGCCCACCCGAAUCAGAGUCAAGAUAGGAAUAAACUCCGGCAGAAUCAUCGCAGGUGUGGUGGGGUCGAAGAAGCCGCAGUACGCCCUGUUCGGAGACACAGUCAACACGGCAUCUAGGAUGAAGACGACCGGGAAGCCGGACUACAUACACAUAUCCGAAGCAACGUACGAUUUGGUAAAGGAUGACAAAACGUUGAUAUAUGAGAAGAAGGAAACAGAAAUUAAAGGAAAGGGAACGAUGACGACGUACCUUCUAACAUCUGUCAUCGGGUUGAACUAUCCAUUUGUAGAGGAAUCGAUAGACGGAAGGGGAAAUUUUUUAUCAGAUUUCUACCUAAACACUAAUGACCCAAGUAACAACAUAAACCUAGACCAAACACACAACAUCUUAGGCUUCUACUCAAACAAAGUUAAUCAAAAUAAUGAUUACUACAUAAAUGACACCAUAUAUAAUGAUGAGUACAGCUUUAACGAAUCAGAUAAUGACACAAACAACGAGUAUGUCAAUUUGAAAGAGCUGUCUCUUCAAGACCUCCCCAAUGAGUACAUUAGAGAUGUCAAUACCCAUUUCUACGAAAUUAUUAAAUUGAGGAAUUUAAAAAUUGGCACAGCUGUAGGGCAUCAACUCAAACAGAAGGAUGUCCUCAACAUGACCUUUUUAAAUAAUGGCCUCAACAAUGACACCACAACAAAUUUCAACCCCUACAUUGAAAGUAAUAACAAUUUUGAGGAAAUAAAAGAACUCGAUGUAGGGAUGAACAAACUCUCACUCAGUGAUUCCCUAUAUUGCUUAAAUGAAAAUUUCAUAAAAAAGGAUCCAGAAAAUGAUAACCUUCACUAUAGGAGCAAACUUGGUACGCAGGAAAUAAUUGACCAGCAUACUAAACAGAGCAUACAUAAUUUUACUCAAUCUAAUAGAGACCUUCUCGAUAAUAAUGAAGAUAAUUACAAGGACAUCCAACUUUGCACGAGGAAAUGUAACAUGUGUGGUGAGAUUUAUUGUACUCCAAAUGACUGUAUCAGUUAUGAUCAUGUGAAUCAUGUGUCGUAUCAUAAAAUGCUGAGUAAUAUAAGGAUGAAUUAUCUCAAGAAUAUUAGGAAGGAUGCGAAAAAGGAUGUAGAGAGGAAGGAAGAACUGAAUGGACGGGGAUCCAAGGGGGGGCUGCUAUCGUCCAGUUAUGUCGCUUCGUGCUUAUCGAAGGUGUUUUCCAUUUGGGGGUGGGGAAAACGGGAGGAUGGUCGCAACGCGCAGGAGGAAAUGCACCAUUCGGAGAGUCCUCCCAAAAUGGGAUGCGCGCAGGGAAAACCACAACUGGAUGAUCCGAAAAGCAGCACAAAGCGAACCACCCCUCCGAGGGACCAGCCAGAGAAGACCCCCCCAGCGAUCGAAAAGGAGGACAAAUCCAAACGAGUAUUAUCGCUCAACAUCGAGUGGAUCUUCCUCAAAUUUAGCGACAAAAAUUUGGAGGCAAAGUACAGGGCCCACUUCUACAGCAAUAAAUCGAACAUCAACUCAAUCGAGCAGGCUCUGAUCAUAUUCCUUGUUACCUUCGUCAUGCAAACCUUAAUUUCGAGCACGGUGUCUAUCGUGUUCGUGGACCACAAGUUUGCAACACAGACGUUAGAAGUGAACUACUUUGCGUACUGGUCUGUACGCUCUCUAUAUACCUACCUUGGCUUUAUCCUUUGGCUACUUUUUCACUACAGAACGAGACCUGAAGUGUCUUCCCUACUAAACAUAAAGUGGAUGAUAUUUUUCCUCAAUUUGUUAUUCAUAUCUGCUGCUUGCAUUUUUUCCAUUGCCUACUUAUGGGCGAUUUCCGAGACCGACCAUACAACUUCGUACACCAUAUGGAUGACGAAUGAUACGAUAGAGUUUUUUUUUUACCUAGUUAUAUUGCACCAUAACACAGGGAUGUUAUUCCAAACAUGCAUUCUGGUCGACCUGUUAUUCAUUACCAUGUCUUUAACGUUCAUAUCAACUAGCGUGGUCAAGACUAUCACUACGGACUCGACUGUAAUGUUGAUUCCCUGGUAUGUAACCUUCAAUUUGAUAUCUACCUACUGUAAAGAAUCCAUAGAUAGGAGGACCUUUUACGCAAAUGAAAGUGCCAAGAAGACAGAAAACAGAGCCACAGAACUUCUUAACGAUAUGCUUCCAAAACACGUCUUAGAAGAGUUCCAACAGGAUAGACUCAAACUUGCCUACACACACGAUAGAUUAACUUUUCUCUUUGCGGAUAUUUGUGGAUUUACUUCUUGGGCCAAUGGAGUUGAUGCAUCUGAAGUUUUGACAUUACUACAGAAAUUAUUUGCCAAGUUUGACAACGACAGCACUAAAUAUGGCCUAUACAAAUUAUGCACCAUAGGGGAUGCAUAUGUAGCUAUUAGUGAGCCAGUCACAGAAGACAACCAAGAUUAUGAUCCUGUUGAUGGAACGGAGAGGGUACUGGAAAUGGCCUAUUCGAUGAUCCGAAUUAUAAAAGAAAUAAGAGAGAAAUUAUGUAUCCCUAAUUUAAAUAUGCGCAUUGGAUUACAUUAUGGGUCAUGUGUGGGGGGAGUUAUCGGAUCUGGUCGACUACGAUAUGACCUAUGGGGAAUUGAUGUUCUUACUGGGAAUCUCAUGGAGAGUAACGGAGUCCCUGGCAAAAUUAACGUCUCCGAAACACUCAAGAAUUUUCUCCUACAACAGUUUAAAAAUAGGUUCAUAUUUAAACCGCAUACUACCGUUCGGGUCAUCUAUAAGGACGUCAAAUCUUUUAUCAUAACUGAUAAGAAAGAAAUCGAUGCGACGAAUAACUCCAAAAACUUACACAACCGAGGGUACUUACUCAACCGGAAAUUUCACAGACAGAACCAGUUGGAUGCUGACCUUCUAUUUGAUGGUAAGAAGCUUGGCACCUUCACCCGCUCCAUGUGCAACUCGAAUUCGUUUGAUAAUAGCCAGGCGCCCCACAGGAAUUUGUAUUACAUAAAUGUAAACGAUGAGGAGUCCAACUUGUAA